GUAUGGCUCACAGCUGUCAUGUUUGACCUCUGCACAAUCUUUAAGACAUUACAGAAGUUGUUUCAGAAAUCAAACUUGAUUCUUCCAGAUGUGUUAACAGCAAAAGAUUCUGCUAUGCAGAACUUGAAGAUUAUGAAUGACAUACCAGUUCCAGGUGGGAAAGAGGAGCAGAAUUUGGAGUUGCACGAUAAUGAGCAAAAUAGACCUGUGAGACGAACCAGUACAGCACAUCAGUUUGUGACAAGCCAAAACAGGAAUAGCAAUGCUAUAAGGAAUGAAAUUGUGCAGUCCGCCAUCAAUUUUCUUGGGCAACGUAUGAACACAGAAAAUGAUGGCACAGUUGAGAGUUUGAUGAGUAUUCUAGAAGCAUCUUCAUCUAAGGACUUAAUUUUGGCCAGUAGAAAUCUUGUUUCUUCGAUUCUUGGACCAAGCUGCCUGUCAGAUUUUGUCAGUGAUGUUUGCAAGUCAUGGAACACCCUGGCCAAAAUUGAGCAUGUUGAGGUGGAAGACACUGGAACUAUGUAUGCUCUUCGCCUUAGGAAGAUGAUACAGGCAAGUACUGGUUUACUUAAGAAAUUCCUAGCAUCUUUUCUUACCCUUGUCCCUCACAGCAUGGCAACUGAACGAGUUGUUUCUCAUUAUAACAAUGUGAAGACAUCGGGCAGGUCUUCGCUUAAUCCUGAGACAAUAAAUGGUAUAUUGCAUAUUUCUCUGAAUGGAAAGGGUGCAUCCUUUUUUGACCCAAGACCAGUGGUAUCAGAGUUCUUAACUUCGAAAGAAAGAAGAAACCGAGAGCCGUGUGAAGAACUGUACAAACAAAGGGAAUUUGUGAAACAUUUCUUCAAGCAAGAAUCCGGAUGUCUGUGAUUCACAGAAGCAUACAGUAUAUCUUAAAUAUAACUAGUAUGAUACUUUUUAAAUACAACAUUGGUUGGUGAGCAUACUUAAACUUGUUGUGUUUGAAUCUUAAUUUCAAAUUAUCACAAAUUUCACUUUUAAAAAUUUCCUUUGAGAACCUGAGAUUUCUUUAAAAAGUGUUCUCAGAAUGCAGGAAAUGCUAUUUCAGAGACCAAAAUUUUAAAAAAUUCCCGAGGGCAUGUGUUUAAACCCACCUUCGGUGUUCGCGUACUAUCCAGGGAAAGGGAAAAAAAAUGGCCUGGGCCCUUUGGUAGUUUUGCCCCACCACUGAAGAAUCCUUAAAAGAUGCCCUGCCUUUAAAAAUGCUUUGUCAUUUGUAUUUGUACUUGUACUGCAUCACAACGCAGUGCGUAAGCGAACAGAUUCCACAUGUGAGGUUGUCUUGUAUAUAUUUUUGCCUUCUUUGAUAAACAUUAAACACGCAAAUUUAGUGAGACGCACACUCGCACAUGUUAAAUGUCACCUGCAUGUCAUCGUCAUUGCCCUUUAACCCCUGGUCUAAAUCAUAUGAUUAUUGAAGCGGGGCCGUUUUGACUUUGGGCCGUUUUGACCUAGCACCGUAUUUGUGGGCAAAUUGUCUAUACAAUUUUAUAUACUAGAUAUUACAGCCAUACUUGCCAUUUUGAUCUUUUCCUCGCGUUAGAUAAGUUGAUAAGUAUACUCAUUCUUGUUAGCCAUCGUACCUGUUCGGAUGUUCCUCUUUCGGGUAUGACUAAAGGGAGAGUUACCAACGGAGAGUUAUCUCGGAGAGUUAUGAUUUCAGAGAGUUAUGUUCGAACCACGCCCAAACCAUUCCCACUUUCCCCAAUGACCACACCAAAUUUCUUAACUCUUCCGACGUCUCCUUGAACUAACAUGAGAGAGUUAUGUUUGACCUAACUCUCUCUCUCGUUAACAUUAUGAAGAUGUUAGAGAGUUAUCAUUUUUUAUAACUCUCCGCGUUCACGAUUGUACGUGGCAAUGAAGAGAGUUAUGUCAGUUUUUUUGAGAAAACCUUAGUAAAGCUUGUUUCUUCAGAUUUUCAUCUUAUAUUUUGGUAUUUCAGUUUGUAGCGUGUCAAUAGCGUGCGUCCAAACAGGAAAUAGUGGACUCGGUCAAAACAAUGAGAUUCUACCCCCAGAACCAUGCUUUGACGUGUAUUUGGCAGUAAAUACGGUAAUCAUAGUUGCAAGAAAAUUGAAAAAAUUAAGAAAAUUGAAUCUUUCAGCAAUUCAGGUUUUGGAAAUACUUUCCCAGAUCAGCCAAUAGGGCAUUACAUUGGAAAGAUUUUCUAGUUCUAUCCAAUACGAGAGCUGUACCUGAAUGCUGGGCUUGGUAGAUAAUCCAAGUGAGCAUGUAAUAAUUUAUUUACUCGUACUCACUUCACUUGGUUUGUACUAAAAUACUUCUACUUUCUACUAGCGUGAAAUGUUAAAGCUGAAACUUGAGAAAAAAGUAAAUUCACAAUAAUUUACUUUAAUGUGGAAGUUUUCUUCCAAAAACUGACGGACAUAACUCUCUUCGUUGGCAUUGCCACAAUCGUGAACGCGGUGAGUUAUAAAAAAAUGAUAACUCUCUAACAUCUUCAUAAUGUUAACGAGAGAGAGUUACGUCAAACAUAACUCUCGCAUGUCAGUUAAGGAAACGUCGGGAGAGUUAAUAAAUUGGGUGUGGUCGUUGGGAAAAGUGGGCGUGAUUGGAACAUAACUCUCCGAAAUCAUAACUCUCCGAGAUAACUCUCCACUUCAUAACUCUCCGUUUAGCCGGUCCCUCCUCUUUCGAUACGAAACUUCGAGCGCCGAGUUAUCAUACGGCACAUUCAAGUGUAUAAAUUAUGGAUGAUUCCAAUUCAUUACGAAUAUUUCUUACUCUUAUUCUUUAAAAUAUUAAGAGGCAAUUUUUUUUCAAUGUCACGUAUUUGCAAUGAAAAGUGUUCAAAACCUAAAAUCUUUUUGGCGUUCCUCUCAAAAUUACUUUGUUUUAGCUUUAUUCUCUACAGUUUAUAGAGUUAGCUACCUUUUUAAAUGCGUCCGCCGGUUGAGAAACAUAAAAUAAUAGUUAAAAAUUGCCAAUUAAAAUACAAUUAUCAAUGAUGCCUUAAAAUUGACGCUAUAUUUACAGCCAUUUAGCAAAACAUACUGAACUUCAGACAUCAUUUUCUCUUUGGCGUAUCAUCUAAAAUCUCUUCAUUUUAGCAUUAUUUUACAGAUAAAGCACUAAACAUACUUUUUAAGUUUUUUUUUACCGAUUGAGAAACGUAUCGAAAAUAAAAAUUUUGAUUUUAGUCAUAAUCUCAUGUGGUAUAUUAUACGCAUUAGGUUUGAGCGCGUGUUACGUAACAUACAAAAAAUCUCAUUUAAAGAUUUGGGAACAAUGCUAUUCCAAGGCAGCAUUCACUACCCUGUGGGUAAACUAGUUUAAACUUAGUAUACACUCAACCAUGAACCAUUACGCGUACGUAAGUGUUCAUGGUUGAGGAAAAAGAUGGUCAAAAAUCCUUUCACCGAAGAAAAAAAGCUAGACUACAAAAUAUGAUCCGAAGACAUUUAAUGGUAGGGAUUACAUUUUUAAAAACCGCAUUUUAAUAGUAAAUCUCAACUGCUGCUACUUGCAAAAAUAUGUGGGACGAAGACAGGCCGAAUUGCUGAGCCUUCUUUGUCUAAAAUGUGAUUUUAUGUUUAUAACAGUAAUAUUUUUAGGCUUCCCCCCCUUUAAAUGUUCUUUUUUGUGUGCUUCUACAUUUCCCGCAAAAAAACAAAUUUCCUUAUAGCUUCCGAAUUUUCAGUCUAUAAAAUUUUAAUGUUAAGUUUUGUCUAGGGAUUUCAGCUAGUGAUAGUAUAACAUUUUUAUAGUUAUUUUAUGAUGUAUUUCAUUGAUUUCAACGUACGACAUUAGGAUUGCUUUGCGUGUAUUUUAUACUUCUUUUUAACGUAAACGGCUGCAACAUCGAUCAAAGUAGACUCGACAAUAAUAAUGAUGAUCAUGAUGACGGGGAUGAUACUAAGACUAACGAUAAUGAAAAUGUGAACCCUCUAGACCCAAUUACUCCAACCACGGAUCAAUAUGAAAAGGUUUACCCAAAACUCAAGGGAUUUAAAAUAGGGCAUUUAAAUAUUGCAAGUUUGGUAAAGCAUAAAAACGAAUUAUUGGUUUUUCUGGCUAAACUCCCUUUUGAUAUAAUUUGUAUCAACGAAACUCGACUUGAUGACUCAUGAUCCAUAGACAACUCUGAGGUUAAAAUACUAGGUUACAAUUUGAUAAGAAAGGAUAGAAACCGCAAUGGAGGAGGAGUGGCUAUCUAACUAAGGGAUGUUAUUCCCUAUACUAAUGGAGCUGACUUAAUUUCAGUUAAUGCAGAGGCAAUUUGUCUUCAUCAUGAAGUUAAAAAACUGAAAGCUAAGCCAGUUCUAAUUAGUACUUGGUAUCGUCCACCAGGUUCUAAUAUGGAAUUCUUUAAUGAUUUUUAAAAUUUCAUAAAAGUGAUUGACAAUGAAAAUAAAGAAAUAAUCAUAACAGGUGAUUUUAACUGUGACAUGCUGGACAGCAACUAUAGGAAUAACAACUCCAAACGAUUGGAUGACCUACUAGCUAUCUACCAACUACAGCAACACAUUGAUAAGUCAACCCGAACAACUGACUCGACAAAAACACUAAUAGACAUUAUAAUUACAAAAAGUGACGACACCAAAACAUCUCAUUCAGGAGUGAUUGCUUUGGGAAUAAGUGACCAUGAUCUGGUGUAUAUAUGUAGGAAAAUAGGAGUACCCAGAGAAAAUCCGAAAUUAAAUAGUAGAAACAAGGCAGUUUAAACAUUUUAACGAAAACGAAUUCCAAUAAGACUUAGCAAAACCGUUUAACUACUUUACAUACAACUCUGAUCCAAAUCUUGCCUGGCAGGAGUGGAAGAACAUAUUUUUGUCUAUUUCUGACAACCAUGCUCCCUAUCGUACUAGGAAAGUUAGAAACGAGCAUUGCCCAUGGUUGGACAAUGAAAUUAAGAAACUUAGCUAUCAUCGAGAUCACCUUACAAAAAAGGCAGUGAGACUAAAUUCUGCUGCUUAUACCGAGGCUUAUAAAAGAUGCAGAAACCAAGUUACCAAACUUAUUAGGGAUGCAAAAGCACACUAUUAUAAAACAAAUCUGGAACAAUGCAAAAAUAGUAAAGAUAGCUGGAGAUUUAUUAAUCAGUUACUCAACAGGAGAACGACUACAAUCAACCAGAUCACAGUUAAUGGACAAACGAUUACUGGUAACGAUAAUAUAGCAAACGAGUUUAACAAUUAUUUUUGUGAAAUUGGCCCAGGGGCGGAUCCAGGGGGUAUCGAGUGUAGCUCAAGAUACGGUCAGAUUUUUCCGAUUAUGCAUACUAAAAUAGUUUUGGGGAAAAUUUCAAUAUUAAUAUAUUUUCACGCAAAUCAUUUCUGUUUACAAAAAUAGUGAAAAUUUGAGUUUACUAAGAUGAACGAGGGCAAACUCUUUCGUAAAUUUUAAAAUUCACAGCUCUAAAUGUAACAUUAGACGUGUUUUUAAAGCAUUGAAUUACUUUCGACGAAGAUGAGCCGAGAACUUUCCGAAGGCAUAACCCGAGGUUACGUAACCCGAUCGGAACAAUGUUUUUAAAUGCGUCUGCGGUGUUCUGAUACGGUCCGCGGUUCAAAUGUUACUAAAAAUAGUAACUUAAUGAGGUAUUUGGAUACCUUGGAGGGUAUCCAUCCAAUCACAGGACGUGUAUCUAUGACGUCGGAUACCCUCUGAUACUGUGGCUGUAUUUUGAUUGUGCAAGAAAUGAAAUAAUCGUGAACCGCUCGGAAACUUCGUCUCAUAUUGCUAACAGCCGCAUUUCUUCUAACGUAACUGAGCACGAACUGAGUGCAUGAGUUAUGGCCUUACAUAAUUUCAGAAGACGUCCUUGAAAUAACACUUUAUAAAUAGUGUAUUGGAUGCCAAUUAGAACAAGACUAUUACGAAAAGGAUAUGUCCAAAGGGGCCGAAGUUAUGUUCGGCAAAAGGUAUGGCUAGUUUACAUUGUUCGAGAAAAUCGAGUAAUAUAGUGAAAUAUAUGAUAUUGCUUGACCUCUCAAAGUUCAUAAAUCGCUAUAGGCCUAUUGACUAAAACUAUCAUUAGGAAUUAGGAGAUAUUCUUUCAAUGAACUGAACGGUAGUAUUUUUGUUUUCAUAGCAUUCGCCUAACCGAAGAUAUUAAUCUGUAAAGUCAUAUUGCGGCAUUGCGCGUGCAAUAUGUUAUUAAUUUAAAUAGGGACCGGCCGAGAAUAUUAAAUGUACUCAGUCACGAAAGGCGACUUUUCCAUGUAAAAACACCCCUGGCAACGUUUCAUGAAACAGAAACUUGAACACUGAUACCAAGAAGAGUUAUUGUGUGUUUUUUUGUUACUUUGUGUUUAAAAUAUGACCUUGUUAAGGCCAAAUUUUAGGUCAGAAUCAUGGGCUCAGAACGCAGGAAAUGGCAUUUCCGGGGUUCAAAUUUCAAAAAAUUUCGGGGGGGCAUGGAAUUCGAGACCUAGGAAUAUGAUACGGUCACAUUUUAAGCUAGAUCCGCCCCUGUUCAAUAGCACACAAACUGAACUCACUUGGCACUAUAUAAUUAUUAAAAACUCAAUAACAAAGUAUACUAUCUUCAGUGACAAUGUCAAGUUUUUUAAAUCUUUUAUGUUUAUACGCAGUGCAAAAAGUGUUGCCAACAAUGGCCAAGUCAAAUACCUGUAUGUAUGUUGAUCAUUCUUUGGGUUUGAAGUGAAGGGUCACACUUAAAAUCAUCAGGAAACUUAAAGGAUAAUUAUAAUAACCACACAUGUAGUACGGCCAAGGUCCAAUGGAUGAAUUUUCGGUAGGAUUAUUAUAAGAGGUUCCUUUGCUGAUGGUCUUCAUAGUAUAUACAUACACAGAAGCUAGUAUAAGGACAAGUCAAAACACAGUAUUGUGAAAGGUAAGAAUACUUUACUAAGAAAUAAUUGUUUAUAUAUACGGUGUACUUGUUUGACUUUUACCGGCAUCAGGCUAAAAUCCAGCUAAAUUACGCUUUACCUACAGUAUAUAGCUUUUUGUAUACACUGCUUGUAGUCUAGGCCAUAUGGAACGGUACAACAUAUUUGAUCGAUAUUGAGGAACGACAAAAGCCUUCUAUGAAGAAAACAAAUUACUAACAUGAUUAUAUCUGUUUCAGUUUAAACAGUACUUGAAUCAGUAAAAGUGUGACCACGUUGAUUUUCCAAGCCGUUGUAACUUAUUGAUAACUGAAUGCAUGCCUAAUUUCUCAGUACUCGAGCUUUCAUUCAAUUUCUUGGUGUAAUUUCGCGGAUGAACUUUAUUUUUUAGGUGUAUCAGACUCAUAUAGCAACCUUUAUCCAGAUUCGAAUUACGGUGCAUGGUCUGUACCAUAAACGUAUAUACCGAUAUAAACGUAUAUACACUAAAGCAUGCGCGGGGGAAAUUAUCAUUCAAUAUCAAUUAAUUAUCACACAAAGAUCACUGAAUAUUUAUCACUCAAUAUUAAACAUAUAAGUGGACAAAAUAGUGCUGAUAGUUCGGUUGCUCAAUAAAUUCACUGGGACAGUUAGCAGUGUAAGCUGGAUUACAGUAGCCUGUCAGAUUCCUAAUGAUGAUCCCACUAAAUACAUAAAUAACUCCCAAAUAUCAAGUUUGGAAACUGGGUACUAGUCUGAAAACACGCUUUCGACAGCUCAUAACUCAAGAAGAACUUGAAAAACCCUG